UUUUGUCAAGUGCAAGUAUGGUUGUAAACUGAAACACUGUGCUUAAAUUUAUGUUGUUGUUGUAAUGUUGUAUUUAAAUUUUCCCCGCUUUUCAUUGCAACAGGUACACAUUGUUUGCAUGGUAUUGCAUUGCAGCCAAUGAGUUCAAAGAGGUUGGCCAGACAGAUCUACACAAAGGAAUGGAAGAGGGCGCGGCGAGAGGUGUUGAAUGUGCGAGCACUGGUGCGUGCCCAGCUGGAUGCAGGAGAUGCAGCAAACAGGGCAGAGGAGUCUGCGAGAGAUGCAGCAAGCAGGGAAGAGCAGGCUGCGCGAGAUGCAGCAAGGACAGGCCAGGCUCUGCAAGAAGCAGAGCAACAACAUAAUGGACCUCAACACAUGCCAGAGAUACAACCGGCGGAGAUUGAAGAACAGCCUGAGUUCAUGGCAGAGCCAACAAGUUCGGUCAGCAGCUCGGAGCAGGACAGCAGCAGUCUCUCAACCCAUGUCAGUCCAGCACCCAGCCGUUGGACAUUGGAAGAGUCGUACAUUGAGGAACAAACAUCAUCCGACCCAGUUGAGGGAAUGACCCAUGGCGAAGAGGAGGGGGCUUCAGGCAUGGCUGCCGUAAUAAGGCUCCUGGAGGAACGAAAGAGGCUCCUAUUGAGGAUGACGGAUGACACAAAAAGAACCAUGGAAGAGCACAUGGGGCGAAUGACUAGGAGAAUGGAGGCUAUGGAGAGGAGGAUGGAGGCUAUGGAAAGGAGGAUGGAGGGUAUGGAGAGGAAGUCAGAGACAUUGGAGGCUGCUGUGGUCUCGAACCCGCCUCAGCCUCCUCUGCAGGAAGAUGUGCUGUUGGGCCUAUGCAGCACAGUGGAGGAGCUGGAGGAGCUAGACAGGAGUCUGGCUCAACCAGAAAGAAGGAACCAAAUGAAACGUUUCCUUGAAAGCCUGGGAGGGUCGAAUCCGGGGGCAGCCAUUCGUCGCAUUCUACGCCAGGUGGCUACCAACAAUGUCCUGGCGCAGUACAGCCUGAGGGGGAGGAGAGCAAAAAAGCCUUUUCAGAACUUAACCCUUUGCAAAAUUAUAACGGAGGCCUGCAUGCAGAACUUCCCUGGCAAGAAGGUAGCUGAUAUUGAGGAGUGCAUUGGGCAUGCACUGAAGUUUGCACUACACAGACGGUCAGCUGGUCCUCAAGAUUGAAGACGUACACCAACUUCUAUGCACACGCACCCGUUUUUGGCAUUUCUAAAAUUUUUCUUAUUUUUUGCCUUUAUUGUAUUUUAUUAAGAAAUAGUUUUCAUAAUUGUCUAUAGUUGUCAGAUGUUUUAUAAUGUAUAAUAAUGUUGCACUGUG